GUUGUAAAACUGGUCCCGCUGAGCAGACCCGUCCUCCUACAGUAUAUAAGACCCCACGCUGAGAGGCAGCGUGACAUACAGACACCUGCAACAAGCAGAGGAGCUACCUGCACAGUCCUCUGAGAGGAAAAGAAGACACGGUAACAACCAUGAAAAGCCUCCUGUCCCUGGCCGGCAUCCUCCUGGUCCUCGGCUUCGUCCGCAGCAGCUGGCAGGUUCCUGUGCAGGAGGCGGACGACAGCUCCAGUGUCGAGGCAGACGACACGUUAGCGGACGAGCCGAGGGAGCUGCCCAACACCAAGCGACACUCCGAGGGAACGUUCUCCAACGACUACAGCAAAUACCUGGAGGACCAGAAGGCGCAGGACUUCGUCCGCUGGCUGAUGAACAAGCGGAGCGGCGCUGCAGAGAAGCGCCAUGCGGACGGGACCUUCACCAGCGACGUGAGCUCCUACCUCAAGGACCAGGCGCUCAAAGACUUUGUGGCCAGGCUCAAGUCUGGACAAGUCAGAAGAGAAUCUGAACAGGACAGGUGGGGUGAGGCGUUCAGCAGGAGGCAUGUAGACGGAAGCUUCACCAGCGACGUGAACAAGGUGCUCGACUCCAUGGCUGCGAAGGAAUAUUUACUGUGGGUCAUGACCUCCAAGCCCUCAGGGGAAAGGAAGAAAAGACAAGAGGACCAGUGAGGCUGCUCCUGCAGGAAGCCGUCCACGUGCCGCACACGAAGCCAUACACAGGAGGAACAGAAAGCCAUACUGCUUCGCACGUCCCAAUGUCAACACUAUUUCAAUUUGUACGUCUCUUUUUACUUCAUUACUGCAUGCGAUGCAAAGACACUCGAUGGUGUUUAUGAAGAAGUGAAAUUCAGGGCAUAUUUUUUCUACAAAUUUAAAUUAUUGUGUGUAUUUUUAAAGGUGAAAACAAACAAGAACAGAAAAAAAAGCUAAUUUCUCAGGUCAGCGAACAGAAAAAACACGUUGUGUAGGUGGUUUUCAUUGCAUUGUCAUUAAACCGCUCUGCAAAAUGAA